AUGGGCCCGAUUGCCCCUAAGGACUCUGCAAUGGUUCCUCCUACCAUUCCAGAGAACAGGGGGCAGCAAUUCCAAUGCCAAAGUCAGGGUUCCAUUGGAAAUACUCAGGUCCCUCAGAUGUUGGUCACUUUUGCCUCUGCUGAGGCUGCCUUUGGGAGGCGAGUACUUCAGCGAGUGCAUGUAGUUAGGGGGACUCAGGACUACAACAAGUUCAUUGCUUUUGCCUCUUUAUUCUUCAUCCUGCUCUCGAUUACCACCUUUUGCCUGGAAACCCAUGAAGCAUUUAAUACCAUCAAAAAUAAAACAGAACCUAUCAAAGGUAGUGACCCAGUUCUACAAUAUGAAAUAGAGACAGAUCCAGCCCUAACAUAUGUUGAAGGAGUCUGUGUGGUGUGGUUUACAUUUGAGUUUUUAGUCCGUGUUGUUUUUUCACCCAACAAACGUGAAUUCAUAAAAAAUCUCUUGAAUAUCAUUGACUUUGUGGCAAUUUUGCCUUUCUAUCUAGAAGUGGGUCUGAGUGGGCUCUCCUCUAAAGCUGCUAAGGAUGUUCUUGGUUUCCUCAGGGUGGUGAGGUUUGUGAGAAUAUUGCGAAUCUUCAAGCUCACUCGACAUUUUGUUGGCCUCAGGGUGCUUGGUCAUACGCUCCGUGCAAGCACCAAUGAGUUUUUGCUGCUGAUAAUAUUUUUGGCAUUAGGAGUGUUGAUAUUUGCCACCAUGAUCUAUUACGCUGAACGAAUAGGUGCCAAACCCAAUGACCCAUCAGCUAGUGAACAUACAGAGUUCAAAAACAUUCCCAUUGGGUUUUGGUGGGCUGUGGUCACCAUGACUACUCUUGGAUAUGGAGACAUGUAUCCAAAGACUUGGUCAGGCAUGCUAGUGGGUGCUCUGUGUGCUUUAGCUGGAGUGCUGACCAUAGCUAUGCCUGUGCCUGUUAUUGUCAACAAUUUUGGAAUGUACUAUUCUCUGGCCAUGGCGAAACAGAAGCUUCCAAGAAAGAGAAAGAAGCACAUCCCACCUGUUCCUCAGGCAAGGUCCCCUACAUUUUGCAAGACAGACUUGAAUAUGGCCUGCAAUAGCACACAGGGAGAAGUCUGUCUUGGCAAAGACAACCGGCUGAUGGAACAUAAUAAAUCAGUGUUAUCAGGUGAAGACAGUACAGAAAGUGAGCAGCCAUUGUCACCUAUGGAAAGGCCCCCACCAAUCAGACGCUCUAGUACCAGAGACAAAAACAGAAGAGGGGGAACAUGUUUUCUACUGACAGCAGGUGAUUACCCGUGUGCUACUGAUGGAGGGAUCAGGAAAG